AUGGAAAAGAAUUUGGAAAGAUUAUAUAAUGAUGUAAUAGAUGAAGAUAAAGGAAAGAUGGAAGGAAAAGAUAAAUUGUCAGUUAUAAGUGUUUACAUUUUACCCAGAUGUUUUAACACUAAAUGCGUUAUUUAUUGCAGAAUAUUUUGGGUGAUCUCGUUUACUAUCGCGCUAACAGUGGCGAUAUAUUAUAGUUGUUACCUCUAUCAGAAAUGGAACGGAGCUCCUAUCAUGACUUCUUUGAGCCCCAAUCCGGUGUCCCUCAACGAGUUUCCGUUUCCCUCCGUAACAAUAUGCAACAUGAAUAGAGUUAAAAAGACGGAGGCAAAGCGGAUUGAGCGUGGGUACGAUGAAUUGGAUAAGUUAAUGUUGGAAGAUGUUUGCAAUUCAGAGAGCAAUAUAACUUACGACGAUCAGGUGAAUGUCGAGUGGAACAGGAUACUACGGUUUAUGAUCAAUGUAUCCCAACCGUGCACAGACAUGUUACAUUACUGCCUUUGGCAUGGGAAUCAGACCGAUUGCGAGAGGAUUUUUAAUCCUACCAUGACCGACGAGGGUAUUUGCUGUAAUUUUAACGCGGUAUCCAAGAAACAUCUCUUCUAUAACGCAAAAGACUGGCCCGACCUCAAUAUCACGUAUCCUUCCGAGAGCGUUGAUUGGAACGCCGAAGAGGGGUACGAUGCGAGUAUGCCACCGGAUGUUAUACCACGGAGACCGUACGGCGCUGGGCUGUUUUACGGCUUGACUUUGGCUCUCGACGUCGAUAUAGAUGAAUAUUAUUGUUCGUCGACCGCCGGCGCGGGCUUUAAAGUGAGUUUCGCGCAAUGAAAACUCUCCUUUUUAUUUUCCCCUUCGCCUUUCGUAGGCGAGGACUCAUCAAAGGACGAAAGGUUUUAAAAUAGAAUUUUAUAAGAACUACUCUCCUAGGAGAAUAGUUAAGGUGGUUGUCGGACGAACUCAUUUUUCUUACGAAAUAUCUAUACCUUUCGCAAUAUAUAGAGGAAGAUAUUAUCUAACUAUUGUAAAUUCAACUGACAAGGCAGAUAACUACUAUGAAAUGUAGAGAACAUUCCCUACAUCCAAUCAGUAGAAUGCCACACUUUUAAUUCUAGCAUUAAAAUAUAUCUUACGAUUUAUAAAUAUAUAUAAUUUUGACGCUCAUUUAAAAUUUAAUAUAUGUAUAAAAUAGAUUUGUCUUUCACACGUACUAUUAUCUACAGUCUAUACCUACAAAUCUACUACUUCUUGUAUCCCUAUUUUCUGUAUUCUCUAACUUUCUUUUCUCUCUCUGCUUCAGUAUCCUCUUCUCUUGUCCUUUUUCCUCUUCACUCAAAGUUAUUGUGACCUUUCUUCUUUCUUACUUCUCGUUUCUUUUCCUUUCUUGUCCUGUUCCUCGAAUACUCGUAUCUAUACUUCCCUUUGAGCAUCCUCUUUACGCUUCUUUGUUAUUAUAUCUCAAUUAUCUUUUUCUUCCUUUCCUCUUCUAUUCCGGCGUUUCUUCUACUUCUUCAUC